AUGAGCAGCCCGACCGCCGAUUCGCCCGAAACCGCCCGCCGCCUCGCGACCGCGGUUGCCAUCGCCCUGGAAGCGGGCACCGAAACGCUUAAACUAUUUCGUAAAAAAGACUUACAAGUCGACCGCAAGGACGACAGCUCGCCCGUCACGGCGGCCGACCGCGCGUCCGAGACGCUGCUCCGCGAGCGGAUCGCCGACGCCUACCCCGACGACGGCAUCCUCGGUGAGGAGUUCGGCGAGACGCCCGGCGACUCCCCGUACCGCUGGAUCCUCGACCCGAUCGACGGCACCAAGUCGUUUAUCCACGGGUCGCCGCUCUACACCACCCUAGUCGCGGUGACCUACACCCCGCCGGGCCAGCCGCGGGAGACCGCCGAAGAGCCCCUGAUCGGCGUCAUCCACUCGCCCGCGACCGACGAGACCGCCUACGCCGCCACCGGCGGCGGCUGCUGGUACCGCAGCGGCGACGAAGAGCCGGUCCGCACCCAGGUUUCGUCGACCAAGUCGCUCAGCGAGUCGCUCCUGCUGACCACCGACGUGGCGGCCAUCGCCAGGGAACGCACGCCCGAGGCGCUCGACGCCUACCUCGACCUGAUGCACGCCUGCCGGCUGAACCGCACCUGGGGCGACGCCUACGGCUACCUGAUGGUGGCCACCGGCCGGGCCGAGGUGAUGAUCGACCCCAAGCUCAGCCUGUGGGACGCGGCCGCCCUGAAACCGGUCAUCGAAGAGGCCGGCGGCGUGUUCUGCGACUGGCAGGGGGUUCCGACCGUACACACGGGCGACGGCGUCGCCACGAACGGCCAGAUCACCGAGCAGGUGCUCCGCUACACGCGGGGAGCGGACAAAAGUAGCGAGUUGCCGAGCGGUCGCUCGACCGGGCCGGCGCGGCCGAUCGCCGCAAGCCGGCUCGCCAUUGUGGCUUCCGCAGAAUUGGCUAUAUUGGCGGACUUCGGAGCGGAGCAGAUGGCUCGCCAGUGCGAAAUCUGUGAGAAGCAGGCCCAGAUGGGCAACCAGGUCACGACCCGCGGUAAGAAGAAGUACCUGGGCGGCGUCGGCACCAAGAUCACCGGCAUCACCCGCCGCAAGUUCAAGCCCAACCUGCAGCGGGUCAAGGUGACCGGCGCGGACGGCCAGAACCGCCACGCGCUGGUGUGCGUGCAGUGCAUCCGCAACGGCGCGGUCAAGAAGGUCGUCCGCCAGGCGCCGUUUGUGGUUGCGCUGCUCGCCCGGUUGACCCUGACCGAGGACGAGGCGCAGCAGAUGACGCACCAGCUAAACGACAUCGUCACCUACGUUGACCACCUCUCGGAGGUGGACACCGAGGGCGUCGAGCCGAUGGCGCACGCCGUGGAGGUGCACAACGUGCUCCGCCCCGACGUGGUGCGCGACAGCCUGCCCCGCGACCAGGCGCUGGCCAACGCCCCCAAGCACUCGGGCGUCGGGUACCUGGUGCCGGCGGUGCUGGGCGACUGCGCGGGCGAGACCUCCUCCCGCGAGAUCACCCAGGCCUGCCUGGACCGCAUCGAGUCCCACGACGCCCAGGUCGGCGCGUUCCUGCGGGUCGACGCCGACGCCGCACUGGCGCAGGCGGACGCGAUCGACAAACGCCGCGCAGCCGGCGAGACGCUCGGCCCGCUGGCCGGCCUGCCGGUCGCCGUGAAGGACCUGCUGUGCCAGCAGGGCGAGCCGACCACCUGCGCGUCGCGGAUGCUGGAGAACUUCCGCCCGCCGUACGACUCCACCGUGGUCGCCAAGCUGCGCGAGGCCGACGCGGUGCUGCUGGGCCGCACCAAUAUGGACGAGUUCGCCAUGGGCGGCUCGACCGAGAACUCGGCGUUCCAGCCGACCCGCAACCCGUGGGACCUGAAGCGUUCGCCCGGCGGUUCGAGCGGCGGCGCCGCGGCUUGCGUUGCCGCCGGCAUGGCGCCGCUGUCGAUCGGCACCGACACCGGCGGCUCCAUCCGGCAGCCCUCGGCGUUCUGCGGCGUGGUGGGCAUGAAGCCGACCUACGGCCGGGUCAGCCGGUUCGGGCUCGUGGCGUUCGCCAGCAGCCUCGACCAGGUCGGCCCGAUCGCCGGCAGCGUGACCGAUGCCGCGUUGCUGCUGGACGCGAUCGCGGGGCACUGCGAGCGGGACUCCACCUCGCUGGACGUCGCCAAGCCGAACUACCUUCAAGACAUCGACAAGCCGCUCGACGGGCUCCGCCUGGGCGUGGUGACCGAGCACUUCGGCAAGGGUCUCGACCCCGAGGUCGAGAGCGCCGUCCGCGCCGCCAUCGCCGCGUACGAAGGGCAGGGCGCCGAGAUUGUCGAGCUGUCGCUGCCGCACAGCAAGCACGCCGUGGCGACCUACUACGUCAUCGCCCCGUGCGAAGCGUCCAGCAACCUGGCCCGCUAUGACGGCGCCCACUACGGCUACCGCACCGAAGAACGGGCGAUGCUCGCACAGCUGCAGGCCGACCGCAAAGCGGCCCAGGAGGCCGGCGAUGAGCAGGCCCUGGACGACAUCGACACCGCCCUGGUGCGGAUGUACCGCCAGAGCCGCUCGGAGGCGAUUGGCCCGGAGGUCAAACGCCGCAUCAUGCUCGGCGCUUACGCCCUCAGCGCCGGCUACUACGACGCCUACUACCUCAAGGCGCUCAAGGUGCGGCGGCUGAUCCGCCAGGACUUCGACCAGGCGUUCGAGAAGGUCGACCUGAUCAUCGGCCCCACCACCGCCGCCCCCGCCCCCGAGCUUGGCCAAUUCGACGACAACCCGCUCGGCAUGUACCUGCUGGACCUGUACACCGUCAGCGCCAACCUGGCGGGUCUGCCGGCGAUGAGCCUACCGUGCGGCCAGAGCAAGUCGGGCCUGCCGAUCGGCCUGCAGCUGCACGCCCCGCCGCUGGAAGAGGCCCGCCUGCUGCGCGCCGCGCGGAUGUUCGAGCAGAGCGGGGCCUGGGAAACCAAGCGAAUACAGAGCGACACCGCCAACUUCCAACCGCCAAUCUCCAACCGCUUCCCCAUGUACACCACUGUCAUCGGCCUGGAAGUCCACGUGCAGCUCGCCACCAAGAGCAAGCUGUUCUGCGGCUGCAGCACGGCCUACGGCGCCGAGCCCAACACGCAGACCUGCCCGGUCUGCAUCGGCAUGCCGGGCUCGCUGCCGGUGAUGAACGAAGAAGCGGUCGCCCUCGCCAUCGAGACCGGCCUGGCGCUCAACCUGCAGAUCGCCGGCUUCACCAAGUGGGACCGCAAGCAGUACUUCUACCCCGACCUGCCCAAGGGCUACCAGAUCAGCCAGUACGACCUGCCGAUCACGCACGACGGCUGGCUGGAGAUCGAGGACCCCAAGGGCGCCUUCGAGCCGAAGAAAGUCCGCAUCCUCCGCGCCCACCUGGAAGAGGACGCGGGCAAGAGCCUGCACGACGAGGCGGCCGGCAAGGGCGACACGCUCAUCGACCUCAACCGCACCGGCACGCCGCUCUUGGAGAUUGUCAGCGAGCCCGACCUCCGCAGCGCCGCCGAGGCCAAGGCCUACCUGACCGAGCUGCGGCUGCUGCUCACCUACCUGGGCGUAUCGGACUGCAACAUGCAGGAGGGCAGCCUGCGGGUGGACGCCAACGUCAACCUUCACAUCCCCUCCGACGACCCCGACGCCAAGGACGGCAAGUUCGCCACGCCGAUCGUCGAGAUCAAGAACAUGAACAGCUUCCGCGCGGUGGAGCGGGCCAUCGAGUACGAGGCCGAUCGCCAGCACCGCGAGUGGAAGGAAACCGGCCGGCGGCUCGGCCAAUCGCCCAAGCAGACCCGCGGCUGGGACGACGCCGCCGGCGUGACCCGCGCCCAACGGAGCAAAGAAGAGUCGAGCGACUACCGCUACUUCCCCGACCCCGACCUGGCGCCGGUGGCGAUCACCUCGGCCGAGGUCGACAAGGUCCGCGAGCGGCUGAUCGAGCUGCCCGCCGCGAUCCGCCAGCGGCUGGUCGCGGACUACGGCCUGUCGCUCUACGACGCCGACGUCAUCGUCAACCAGGGCCGGCCCACGGUCGACUACUACCUGACCGUGGCGGACCAGUCCGGCGACAACAAGCUGGCGGCCAACUGGCUCACGCAGGACGUGCUCCGCACGCUCAAGCACCAAGAGAUCGGCAUCGAGCAGUUCGCGAUCCCGGCCGACCGCCUGGCCGGCUUCGUGAAGAAGGUCUCCGCGGGCGACCUGCCGAGCUCCCGCGCGCGGGAGGUGUUCGACGCGAUGCUCGACUCGGGCGCCGACGCCGACGCCGCGAUGGAGUCGCUCGGCAUCACCCAGGUCGACGACUCGGAGAUCGACGCGCUCUGCCAGGAGCUGCUCGCCGCCAACCCGAAGGUCGUGGCCGACGUGCAGGGCGGCAAGCAGCAGGCGAUCGGCGCCCUGAUCGGCCAGGCGAAGAAGAAGAACCCCAACAUCGACCCCGGCAAGUUCCGCCAGACCUGCCUGGAGCUGAUCGCCAAAGGCUGA